UUCUCUUCAGCAGGACAACUGUGAGGCAAACAUGUUGGUCUGGACAGUGUGUGUGGCUUUAAUUGCAUGUGGCGUUUUAUUCCGCCAUUCUUCCUUCCUCCAGGAUGUCCAAUUUGUGCUUGCUAAAAUAAAAGUAAGGCGGUUUGUCUUAAAGUGCAUGCGGACUAAUUACUCAAUCCUGGACCGCUUUUUAGAGCUGGUGGAGACGCAGCCACACAAGCCUUUCGUUUAUUUUAAAGAUGAAACAUUCACGUACCGGGAAGCAGACGUCCUGAGCAACAAAGUUGCAAGAGCGUUUCUGCAGGCUGGAUGUGUAAAAGAAGGAGACACGGUGGCGCUGUUCCUGGGGAACCAGCCGAUGUUCCUGUGGCUCUGGUUGGGUUUGGUGAAGAUUGGAUGCGCUGGAGCUUUGCUCAACUCCAACAUCAGGUCCAAGUCUCUGCUACACUGCCUCAACUGCAGCGGAGCCACAACUCUGGUAGCAGCUGAAGAGUUGCUGGAUGCAGUGAAGGAGGUGCUGCCCCAUCUGCACGAACAGCAGAUCACUGUUUUCAUCUUAGCCGACAGAUGUGAAAUUACAGGUGUGGAGAGCUUCAUCGAUAAAAUGAAUCAGGCUUCCUCUGAGCCUAUACCCAAGGAGUUAAGGUCCCAUUUAACCAUGCAGAGUCCAGCAGCCUACAUAUACACCUCAGGGACAACAGGUCUUCCUAAAGCAGCUUUGAUCACUCAUAGCAGAGUGUGGACCAUGUCUUUACUUCUGCCUUCAUCAGGAGUGAACUCCAAAGAUGUGAUAUAUGAUACCCUCCCGCUUUAUCACAGUACUGGCCUCCUUGUCUUCACUGGGGCCAUUGAGAGGGGUAUUCCUGUUGUUCUGAGAAGUAAGUUUUCUGCUUCCCAGUUCUGGGACGACUGCAGAAAAUAUAAUGUCACCGUCAUACAGUAUAUAGGUGAAAUUAUGCGUUAUCUCUGCAACACUCCACAGAAACUCAGUGAUAAAAACCACAAAGUCAGACUUGCAAUAGGCAACGGGAUCAGAGCAGAUGUUUGGAGGGACUUUGUGAGACGAUUUGGAGAAAUUCAAAUCAGAGAAUUUUACGGAGCAACUGAGGGAAACUUUGCUCUGUUGAAUUAUAGCAGCAAGAUGGGAGCUCUUGGGCGACACACCUUCCUGCACAAGAUGUUUUUUCCAUAUGCUGUGAUCAAAUAUGACAUAGACAAAGAAGAACCUUUGAGGGAUUCUUCUGGUUUCUGCAUGGAGGUUGACAAAGGUGAACCUGGACUUCUGGUGACUGAAAUAACAGCCAAAGCUCCAUUCAUUGGUUAUGUGAGAGACUUGAAUCAAACUGAGAAAAAGAAGCUGCAUAACGUCUUCAAGAAAGGUGAUCUGUACUUCAACACUGGCGACCUGCUGCGCAUCGAUGAGGAUAAUUUCAUGUACUUCCACGAUCGUGUUGGAGACACAUUCAGAUGGAAAGGAGAGAACGUGGCUACGGCUGAGGUGGCCGACAUCCUCGCGCUGGCUGACUGCGUUAAAGAAGCCAAUGUUUACGGAGUGAAAGUGCCAGGUCAGGAGGGAAGAGCCGGGAUGGCUGCUGUUACUUUGAGAGAUGGACUGAAGUUUGACUCCACGGCUGUUUUUAAACAUGUUGAGGACUUCCUGCCGUCCUACGCCAGGCCGCGCUUUAUGAGGAUUCAAAGGUCACUGGACAUUACAGGCACGUUCAAGCUAAUAAAGACGAAAGUAGUGGAGCAGGGCUUCAACCCAAAUGACAUUACAGACCCACUCUACUUUCUGAAUGAAAAAGAGAAGAAUUACACUCCACUCACGCCAGAUGUAUUUGAUUCUGUUAUAUCAGGAGACAUCAAAAUAUAAAGUGAUUUUACUUCUGAAGGAAAAAAUCCAUCUUUUCACACACAAGCGAAUCAUUUGGUGUGUGUCACUUCUUGCUGCACAUUUUAAUGACAAGGUGUAAAGCAUAAAUUUAUUUUUUGUUUUUUCAUGCACAUCCCCCAUGUUUGAGUUUGAUGUACCGAUCUGUGAGUGUGGUGAUGGGUUCACUCAGUGAGGUUUUCUAGUUUAUUAAAUGGAUUGCCCUUUACCUCCUUCCUGCAUUGCAUUCUGCUCCGUGUAGGCUUUUGGCAGUGUGGGAGCAAACAUAUCUUUCUUUCAUACAUUCUGCUCUCUUUAAUAUUCAUUUAAAACCUCCACACCCAAAUGUUAUGCUUUUGUAAGUGGAUUUAUUCAGUGGCGUAAUUCAGCUCCUACAGCUGGUUUCAUGCAGAAUGUAUACCCUGAAUAACUUUAUCUAGUCAUACGUCCCAGAAGCUUGUCAGUAUCUCACACCAGCUCCCAGCGUAGAUGCUCUUUGUUCGCCCUCUGGUUGAGUGAUGGGCAAUGCAGGAGGUGACUGGGGAUUAGUAGUAUUCAGGAGGCCUGGAUUGACGCCAUGGAGCUUAGGCAGGGAGAACAAGCUCAUUAACCACAGGGUCACUGAUGUUAACAAGGGAAUCAUAAAUGGGGGAAUAAAAAAUGUUUCUUUCAGUGGUAUAAUAUAUUAUGCUAUUUCUGCCACUGUUAUAGUCCAUCCAUCACUUUUGUCCAGUGAGUUGCUGUCGAUGGAUUACCACGGCCCUCGAGAAGAUGCACAGAAAGAUACUUUGUCAACAUACAGCAAACUGUAGUGCAGCGUUUGACAGGGAUGCAUGCACAUUUUAGGCAGCAUUAAACUGCAAUUGUUCUGAAUCUAGCUCAGAAUUGAGUGUCAGGAUUUAAAGCAUCUCCCUUUUCCAUCUCACAUAUCAGAUAAGCUGUAAGACACCCGGGAAAUGCAUUAAAAUGUAUAACACUUUAAAUUCAUUAUAUUCUUAAUUCCUUUCUGAUGCCACCCAUCAGUUAAAUGUCAGGUUACUGGAGAGUUGGUUUGCUGAUGGUAAUGACUCUCAACUCCUUGAUCAAACGUAACCAUGGCAUUUGAACAUGUUUAUAUCAAAUCUGUCUUUUCUUUCUUUUUUUAAAAAAGUAUUAUCGAUCUGAUCACAUUUUAUAAUUAAAUGAAAAUUGCCUACGGA